CCCAUACCUCCAACGAAGAAUUUCUCACUGGAGCUCACCCCCUCCACCUCUUUCUCUCUCUCUUUCUGUGUGCAAUGUUUAUAUAGACCACAGAGCUCUUCUAUCAGGCUCAGUUGCCUUUCAGCUGCAGUUCACCAAACAAGCAGGAGUCCAGCCAACCGAUUGCUCAGCAUCUAACAAGGAAGACCACCAGAGAAAAAAGAGACAAUUAUACACAAACACUGAGCCUUGUUCAUACUCAACACAUGGCCAGCAAGUGGACAUUCCUCCAGGCCAUGUGUCUGGUGGUUUCAUUGUCCACGGCAGUACCUGAGAAUUAUGAGGAGGAUUUCGAUGUGAACUUUGGACCCAAUUAUUUGAACGAGAUAACUGAUGAGGACCAGACGGAAGGGACCCCCACACCUUCCCCUGAACCCUGCAAAGGUCCAGUCUUCACUAAGUGGGAUAAGCUCUUCACAAUGCUGGAAAAUUCCCAAAUGAAAGAGAACAUGCUCCUGCAGUAUGCUGAUGAUAUCAUCAAGGUGGAGCUGCAGAGUCUGAGAGAAGAGAUGUUACAGUUUGUGGCACAGUACGGCGGCUCUUGCGCAUCAGCAGUUGAGAGCUCGGUUCGCCGGGCUGGGGUUCAAACAGAAACGCGGCUGCAGAAUGCGCUAGACCGUGUGCGAGAGGUCUCAGCUGAUCAGUCCGCGCAGCAUGAUGCGGUGCUGCAGCAGCUACUGGCUGCUAGCUUAAAUCAGGCUGCGCGGCUGGAGCGUCUAGAGAACGACUGUUUGAAAUGGGGGGGAGGAGGUCUGGCCUCCCAAGCCAAGAGUUUCCAGGCCCGACAUCUCAUGCAAGAAAUGACAGAGACAGAGAAUGGAGGUAGGCUGGAGAAGACUCUGGCAACCAUCUCCAGUGAUCUUCAAACCAUCCAAGAACAGCUAACCCUUUACACCAAAUCAGUCUUUGCAAACAGCCUUCCAUCAGGCUGUGACAUCGGGCUGCUCUUCCCCACACGUUCAUCUACAGCUCAUGUUGAAGUCUCACCCAAGACACACUUUCAGAGGGAGGUCACCAUUUGCCUGUGGGUGAAACCAACUCAGGUGCUUAAAAAAACCGUCCUCUUCUCGUACAGUACAACUGGCAAUGCCUACGAACUCCAGCUGGUGUUGAAUGGACAGAGUGUCUUUUUUACCGUUGAUGGUGAAACCCAUUUGGUGCAAGCUUCAGGGGCAGCUAAAGAGGGCCAGUGGGUGCACAUUUGUGCAGACUGGAGUUCACAGCAGGGCUUGGCUUCACUGUGGGUGAAUGGUCAAAAAGCAGCAAGUUCUCCUGGAGUGGCUGAAGGUCACGAGUUACGCAGCAUGGGAAGCAUACUACUGGGGCAAGAGUAUGGAAGUUUCUUCAAGCAUCUUAGUAUAGCAGUGACAUUUGAUGCAGCGCUGGCCUUCACAGGGAAGAUGACUGGAGUGAACAUGUGGGACCGCGUUUUGAAUUCUAAAGAGAUAUCUCAGCAAGCGCGGCUGGAUGGGAGUGGUUGUGGUAUUCGUGGUAAUGUGGUGGCAUGGGGAGUUUCUGACAUGGAGCCAAAAGGGGGUGUCAAGUUAAUAUACUAAAUUUCUCUACUUUCUUAACCACCUGAGCCCUGUAUACAAAUCAAUUCCUACAAGCACAUAUUAAAAACCUGCUUUGCUACACCUGCACAAAACUAUAAUUUUCCUCUGCUGCCAUUGGAAGGACAUUAUAUCAUAUAUCUUUUUUUAUUAUUACAAACUGUUUUGUUUUACAAGAAUGUUUAAUACAAAAUGAAGGGACUUUAAAAAAAAUAUAUAUAUUAUGUAUCGUCAAACUAUUUAUCUUUUUUGAUAAUGUUUACAUUCAGAUUUUACUUCAUUUUUAAUCUAUUUGUAAUGUAAUACUUUGUUUCAUUAUUUUUGUUUGUUUGUUUUUCAAACUAUAAGCAUAUCUUGUGAUGGCCAUUGUAAUAUAUUUUGUUACAUGAGUUCUGCUAAUGAAUAACUUUUGUCUUUGGUUUGUAUUUUUACCACAAGAUGGAUGCUAUGUUUUGAUGAUGGAACUGUGGAAAAUGUUUACAAAUUGUGAAUUUAUUUUUAGGUUUCCGCUGAUGUGAUUAAAUGUAUUAUAAUGUUUGGUUUAUUGUUUUUGUUAAGAGGCUGAAAUGAAUGUAUAAUGUACAUAGAUAUUUUUCUGAAGGUUAGGGAAAACAGACCAUAAUAAAAAUUUUAAGAAAAAAAACCUCU